CUCGGGGGCCAUUUUGUGAAGAGGCGAAGACUGAGCAAUUGCGACCGCGUUGCCGACCUCGAGCAGCAAUCGGCUUCUCUGCGUAGAACCCAGGGGUAGGAGAUUCAGAAUCGAAUCUCUUCUCCCUUCCCCCUCCUGGUUACAAAUCACUUGAAAUAUAUAAGUUAGUGGAACUUGCUUGAGGGCAGCAAGGCGAACCCCAUCCCUACUCACUGGAGCUCAGCUUUGAUUUUUAACCUCCCUUCCCCACCCUUCCAGAACACACACAUUCCCAUUCCAAAAUUGAUUUUAUAAAGACAUUUUAAACAUAAUGAUGCAACUUGGUGUGCACUACGGCAAAUUUACAGUGAGAUUUUUUUGAUCUUCAGCUACAUUUUUCAGCUUUGUGAGGCACCGUAUCAUCAAAGACAAUGGCCAGCAAUGUUACCAACAAGACGGAUCCUCGCUCCAUGAACUCGCGUGUAUUCAUUGGGAAUCUCAAUACCCUUGUGGUCAAGAAAUCUGACGUGGAGGCAAUCUUCUCAAAAUACGGCAAAAUCGUGGGUUGCUCUGUUCAUAAGGGCUUUGCCUUCGUUCAGUAUGUUAAUGAGAGAAAUGCCCGGGCUGCUGUGGCAGGAGAGGAUGGCAGAAUGAUUGCUGGCCAGGUUUUAGAUAUUAAUCUGGCUGCAGAGCCAAAAGUGAACCGAGGAAAAGCAGGUGUGAAACGAUCUGCAGCGGAGAUGUACGGGUCAGUACCAGAACACCCUUCUCCGUCCCCUCUACUCAGCUCAUCUUUUGACUUGGACUAUGACUUUCAACGAGAUUAUUACGACAGGAUGUACAGUUACCCAGCACGUGUUCCUCCUCCUCCUCCUAUUGCUCGGGCUGUAGUGCCCUCAAAACGCCAGCGUGUAUCAGGAAACACCUCACGAAGGGGCAAAAGUGGCUUCAAUUCUAAGAGUGGACAGCGGGGAUCUUCUUCUAAGUCUGGAAAGUUGAAAGGAGAUGACCUUCAGACCAUUAAGAAGGAGUUAACCCAGAUAAAACAAAAAGUGGAUUCUUUACUGGAAAGCCUGGAAAAAAUUGAAAAGGAACAGAGCAAACAAGGAGUAGAGAUGAAGAAUGAUAAGUCAGAAGAGGAGCAGAGCAGCAGCUCCCUGAAGAAAGAUGAGACUAAUGUGAAGAUGGAGUCUGAGGGGGGUGCAGAUGACUCUGCUGAGGAGGGGGACCUACUGGAUGAUGAUGAUAAUGAAGAUCGGGGGGAUGACCAGCUGGAGUUGAUCAAGGAUGAUGAAAAAGAGGCUGAGGAAGGAGAGGAUGACAGAGACAGCGCCAAUGGCGAGGAUGACUCUUAAGCACAUAGCGGGGUUUAGAAAUCUUGUCCCAUUAUUUCUUUACCUAGGCGCUUGUCUAAGAUCAAAAUUUUCACCAGAUCCUCUCCCCUAGUAUCUUCAGCACAUGCUCACUGUUCUCCCCAUCCUUGUCCUUCCCAUGUUCAUUAAUUCAUAUUGCCCUGCGCCUAGUCCCAUUUUCACUUCCUUUGACCCUCCUAGUAGUUACGUUAAGUCUUACCCUGUAAUUUUGCUUUUAAUUUUGAUACCUCUUUAUGACUUAACAAUAAAAAGGAUGUAUGGUUUUUAUCAACUGUCUCCAAAAUAAUCUCUUGUUACACAGGGAGUACAGUUUUUCCCAUUCAUACAAUAGUUGCUUCCCUAACUACAAAGGCAGUCUCAUUAGUUGAGUAGAACCUGAGAGCAGCUUUGAGUUAGAGGUAUGUGUGUUAUACCCCACAUAAGAGUGCUGUGUGGGGCUGUUCAACACCAAUGUAACAAUGUAUUUUUGUGAAUGAGAGUUGGCAUGUUAAAUGCAUCCUCUAGAAAAAUAACUAGUGUAAUAGUCUUAAGAUUUGUUUUCUAAAGUUGAUACUGUGGGUUAUUUUUGUGAACAGCCUGAUGUUUGGGACCUUUUUUCUCAAAAUAAACAAGACCUUAUUAAACCAGGAAUUUGGAGAAAAAAUAAA